AUGCGAGGCAGGGAAACGGCCAGAGUCUCUGCCGAGGCCAACGGCUCUUGUCCGAACCAGCUGAAAUACACUAUGUUCAAGCAGUCGCGGCACCUCGAAGCAAAGCAAGUCACCGGGUCAUCCGCCGAGCCUCACGAGCACACCUAUCACUGCCCCUUCGAGUUUGAGCUGCCGACAAGUCUCCCCUGCGCCUGCGCCGGACCCUGCGCGCUCCCGCCGUCCAUACACGCCGACACGCCCAAGGCCCGCGUUUGCAUCUCGUACUCCAUCGCCGCCCGCGUGCAGCGCCGCGUGUUCCACCGGAUCACGAGGACAACCACGGCCAGGCGCGAGAUUCAACUGACCAGCAGUCCCUGCAUCACGGCCCUGCCAGCAUCGGCCAUCGCCUCGCUGCCAGCCGAGAAGCUGCGGAGGGACAGCGGCAUCGGCAUCGGCAUUCACGACUCGACGCCGGCUCUGCCAAGCGGCUCCCUCCCCCGGUACUCGCCUUCGCUGCGGAUGGAGGUGAUUCUGCCGCAGGCGCCGGUCCUCACCCGGGGGCGCGGGACGCCGGUGCGCCUGGUCAUGCACACGCCUGCCGAGAUGUUGCGAGGCGGUGGCUUGUAUGUCCGGAGCGUGAGCAUGCAGCUGAGGAUGUGCGUCUCGGUGCGCAUGCGCAAUACGUGGCAUCACAUUGUGCAGUCGCGGCGCGGGUGCGUCAUCGGCGGCGUGGUGCCUAUUCGUGCCGGGCACUUUGAGCUCGAGCUGGGCGAUUGGGGGAGCUUGAUUGUCGUGCACCCCGAUUGCAAGCCUUCGUUUGCCUCGUGUCUGCUCAAUGUGACGUAUUCUCUUGAAGUUGCCGGCGGCAUAUCCAAGGGUGUAGACGGUCAGAUACAGUAUGUGAAUACGUCUCUGGACGUGUUGGUGAUGGAUCCUCCUCCGCUGUAUGAGGAGAUGGAUUCUGGCGAAACAGGGUCGUGA